UGAGAUCUGCCUUGCCUAACAACGUCCCCUUCUUCUUGAGAAAGUCAACAACUUUGGUUGGGUCGUCGUGCCAUGCCAGCGACCGACGGCAGGCAACAACCUCCAUUGAUCCAUUCACUAUACCACGACGUGCUUAGCCAGCACAGCACAGCUGCAAACCAACCAGCGGGGGAAGAUCUACCUACCCAAUCCCUCCCUCGAUCAUGGCCGCCGCGCCCACCGUCGCCAAGUCGCCGCCGGCGCUCGUGCCCCCGGCGGGGCCGACCCCGGGAGGCACGCUCCCGCUCUCCUCCAUCGACAAGACCGCCGCCGUCCGCGUCAUGGUUGACUUCAUCCAGGUCUUCCACUCCCCACCUUCCGGCGACGACCAGGUGGCCACCAUGCGCCAGGGCUUCGCCAGGGCGCUCGUCCCCUACUACCCGGUGGCCGGCCGCAUCGCCGAGCCGUCCCCGGGCGAGCCCGUCGUCGACUGCACCGGCGAGGGCGUCUGGUUCGUCGAGGCCGCCGCCAGCUGCUCCCUCGCCGACGUCAACGGCCUCGAGGACCGCCCGCUCGCCAUCCCCAAGGCCGACCUCAUCCCCCGCCCUCCCGCCGACCACAAGCUCGACGACCAGAUCCUCCUCGCGCAGAUCACCAAGUUCAGCUGCGGCGGGUACGCCGUCGGCAUUUGCUUCAGCCACCUGGUGUUCGACGGCCAGGGCGCGGCGCAGUUCCUCACGGCCGUCGGCGAGAUGGCGCGGGGCCUCCCGGAGCCGUCGACCAAGCCGAUCUGGUCCCGCGACGCCAUCCCCAACCCGCCCAAGCCGCCGCUCGGCCCGCCGCCGUCCUUCACCGCCUUCAACUUCGUCAAGUCCACCGUCGAGAUCUCGCUGGACAGCAUCAAGCGCGUCAAGGACCAGGUCGCCGCCGAGACGGCCCAGAGGUGCUCCACCUUCGACGUGGUCACCGCCAUGAUCUUCAAGUGCCGGGCCGCGGCCAUCAGGUCCGCGCCCGACGCCGAGGUGCGCCUGGGCUUCGCCGCCGGCACCCGCCACCUGCUUACCAACGCGCUGCCGUCGCCCGACGGCUACUACGGCAACUGCGUGUACCCUGGCGGCCUCGCCAGGACAAGCCAAGAGGUGACCGAGGCGUCGCUGGUGGAGAUCGUGACGGCGAUCCGGGAGGCCAAGGACGCGCUGUCGGCGCGGUUCUUGGACUGGCUGGGCGGCGGCGCCAAGGACAGCCACUACAACGUGUCGCUGGACUACGGCACGCUGGUGGUGACCGACUGGAGCCACGUCGGGUUCAACGACGUCGACUACGGCUUCGGCGAGCCCACCUACGUCUUCACAUUGAACGACGAUGUCAACAUUGUGCCGUCCGUGGUGUACCUCAAGCCGCCCAAGCCGAAGCAGGGCAUCCGGCUGGUGCUCCAGUGCGUCGAGGAGCCGCACGCAGCCGUCUUCACCGAUGAGCUUGAGAAGCUCGCCUAAGAGAGCAUUCUUUACCUUACAGAAGAAUUACAGGUGGGAUUUGGAGUUGCAGUUGUUGUUGUUGUUGUUGUUGUUGUUGUUGUAUUCUCCAUCUUGUUGUGUGUUGUAGUAUUAUUCAUUCGACACCAGACUUAAAUUUGCUUCCAACAAACAAAUAAAUAAAUCAAUGAGGGGUUCUUUCUUUC